CCUCCCGGGCGCCCCCGGGAGCCGCCGAUGAGCGGCGGGCGCUGGAGGAGGAGCGCGGAAAUGGUGCAGCCCGGGCACGACGCCGAGCCCGGAGCGGCCGAGGCGCUGCUGCGGCUGCGCGCGGAGAACCGGGAAUUGAGGGGGGCCCUGCAGCGCUGCACUGAUGCUCUCAGAGCCCGGCUGGAGGAGCUGCGGGGGCUGCAGGAGCUGCGCCGGGCGGAGCGGGAGCUGCUGAGGGGACAUUGGGGACAGGCCCGAGCCCUGGUGGAGAGGCUGAGGCUGGAGAGGGACCAGGCACGAGGGGACACCCCCGGGGACAGCCAGGAGGACACCAAGGACACCCCCAGGGACAUCAAGGACACCCCCAGGGACAUCAAGGACACCCCCAGGGACAGCCAGGAGGACACCGAGGACACCAAGGACGGUCUUGGGGACAUCAAGGAUGGCCCUGGGGACAUCAGGGACACCCUCAGGGCCAGCCCUGGGGACGCUGCCACCACGUGCCAGCUGCCACCGGGAGGGGACAGCCCUGGGGACACCCCUGGGGACACCCCUGGGGACACCCCCGACAGCAGCGUGGAGGACAAGGCGCAGGUGCAGGCUCAGGUGACGUCCCUGCUGGGGGAGCUGCGCGAGAGCCAGAGGGGCCUGGAGAGGAGCCGGGCCGAGAACGAGCACCUGGAGCGCAGGGCCCGCGGUGACGCCGAGCGGUGCCAGCACCUGGAGGAGGUGGCCCAGGGCCACCAACUGCAGCUGGACCAGCUGAGGCUGCAGGUGACAAACCUGGAGGCCGCCCUGAGGGUCGAGAGGCGCGGGGCCACCGAGGAGAAGUGA